AUGGUUUUUCUCUCAAACGCAAUCUCAAAUGCUCGCAUCGAAGCAUCCAAUAGCCAAGGUGAACUCCACCAUGAGACUGUAGGUACCACCAUUUACGGUACCAGAUGGGCUAGUCAAGAUAUUCCCAGAUUCGAGAUGCCCCAGGAAGAGAUGCCAUCAAAUGUUGCUUACAGAUUGAUCAAGGACGAUUUGGCUCUCGACGGUAACCCUGCCCUCAACCUCGCUACCUUUGUCACCACUUAUAUGGAAGAAGAGGCUGAAAAGUUAAUGGCCGAAAACUUGUCCAAGAACUUUAUUGAUUACGAAGAAUACCCUCAAAGUGUUGAGCUCUGUAACCGCUGCGUCAACAUGAUUGCUCGACUCUAUCAUGCUCCUAUGCACAAUGCUGAAGAAGAGGCCCUUGGUUGCUCCACUGUCGGUUCUUCUGAAGCUAUCAUCUUGGCUACAUUAGCCAUGAAGCGUCGCUGGCAAAACGCUCGCAAGGAAAAGGGUUUGCCUUAUGAUAACCCUAAUUUAGUCUUGGGUGCUAACUGUCAAGUGGCCUGGCACAAGGCUAUCCGCUACCUCGAGAUUGAGCCUCGCGAAGUGGAGUGUACUGAAGAACUCCUCUAUAUGGACCCUCACAAGGCUGUUGAUCUUGUGGAUGAAAAUACCAUUGGUGUGUGCGCUAUUCUUGGCUCUACUUAUACCGGACAUUAUGAGGAUGUCAAGACAUUAAAUACCCUGUUAGAAGCCAAGAAUGAACAAAACGGAUGGGAUAUUGGUAUUCACGUUGACGCUGCUAGUGGUGGUUUCGUAGCUCCCUUUGUUGUACCUGAUUUGGAAUGGGAUUUCAGAUUGAGUCGUGUUGUUUCCAUCAACGUCUCUGGCCACAAGUACGGUUUGACUUAUGCUGGUAUUGGUUGGGCUGUAUGGAGAAGCGCAGAGUACUUGCCCAAGUCCUUGAUUUUCAAUAUCAAUUAUUUGGGUAGUGAUCAAGCUUCAUUCACCUUGAAUUUCAGUAAGGGUGCUGCUCAUGUUAUUGCCCAAUAUUAUGUCAUGAUUCGUUUGGGUCAAGCUGGUUUCCGGAAGAUUAUGGGUAACUUGACUGCCACUGCUGAUCAUUUGGCUGAUAAACUCAGGGCUACUGGUCGUUUCACCAUCAUGAGUGAAUCCAACGGUCGUGGUUUACCCUUGGUUGCUUUCAGACUGAACGAGAAGCACCAUUACAACGAGUUUGACAUUUCUGCCAAGUUGCGCGAACGUGGCUGGAUUGUACCCGCUUAUACCAUGGCUCCUAAUGUCGAGCAUCUCAAAAUGUUGCGUGUCGUUGUUCGCGAAGAUUUCUCUCGUUCUCGUUGCGAAAUUUUGGUAAGAGACAUCUUGGCUGCUGUCCACUCUUUGGAUGAAAAUGACGAAUCGACCAUUAAAAAGAAACGUGAGCACCACUCCAAGCACUCUCACAGCGCUGUCUAUAGCAGCAACCCCAACAAGCCCAUCUCCAAGGCUUCCAAGGAGGCUGAAGCCAACGCAGUACAAGAUCCCAAAAAGCCUACUCAAGGCAUCUGUUAA